CUGUAUAAGUAGUAGUGCCGAGCCCAUACAGUAAUGUCUAAACCAAGCUCACGUUAGUCUCACAAUCAGUCAUGUUUAAAACGUGAAUGGGUUAAGUACUUGCUAUUUCGAAUAUUACCUGUUCAUUUCCGUGUCAAAAUAACAUCCUUUUGGAAGAAACCAGCACGAUAAGAAUAACCAUGUCUAAUAAUCUAAAUUGGCGAUGGAUAUUAUUUUAUCUGCUUGUAGCGUACGUGCGAUCAUCUAGUCAGGUAUCGACGCCAGCUUCAAAAGAGUAUAUAGCUGCAGUAGUAGAAUUCGCACCAAAUAGCAUAGCUAAUAACAGCAAAGAGACUAUACAAUCCAAUGUAGCUAGGUAUGAGGAUCUCAUAUGUGAUGCUAGCGCACAGAAUGCCGAUAUCAUUGUUUUUCCCGAAGAUGGCAUAACUACUUAUCAUCUUCCAAAAAAAAGUGAAAUGGACUUAGUCUCAACGGUGAUACCUUCCGCUAGAUUUACACCUUGUACUCAAAAUAUGGAUGGCAUGACCGAGGUGUUGAAAAAAAUAUCGUGCGCAGCUAUGAAAAAUAAAAUCUACGUUGUCAUUAAUAUAGCCGAGAGAGCACCCUGUUUUGAUAAUGAAUGUCCAAAAGGUGAAUCAUUGUAUUAUAACAGCAACGUUGUUUUCGAUCGCAAUGGCACAGUAAUCGCAAAAUAUCGCAAGCAAAAUCUUUAUCUGGAACCUCAAUUUAAUACUCCUAAACAUCCAGAAAUUGUGACUUUCGAAACUGAUUUUAAUGUUACUUUUGGAACGUUCAUUUGUUUUGAUAUUCUAUUUGCAGUACCUGCUUUAAAUUUAACAAGAGAUCUUGGAGUUACCGAUAUUGUUUAUACGACUGCAUGGUUUUCUGAAACUCCGUUCCUAACUGCUAUUCAAACGCAAUUCGGUUGGGCGUUCGCAGAAAAUGUAAAUCUUUUGGCAGCUGGAUAUAAUGAUCCUUCAGCAGGUAAUUCAGGCAGUGGUAUUUACCAUGGUAGUAAUCAUACAAAUAAGGUCAAGCUAUCAUAUAAACCAACUACCGAAUUAAUAAUUGAUAUAGUUCCUAAGAAAAUACAUACACUGAAAAAUCAAGAAAAUAAAAGCACAAAACAACACGUUCACGUUCACGAUGAACUCAGGAGAAAACGUGAAACAACCAAUGUGAACAAUUUGAAAUUGUUACGUGACAAUAUUACUUUGUUCAAGACGGAAGUAUUGAACAGCAAUAUUUCCUCAAAAACAUUAUGUCAUCAUGAUCAUUGUUGCAACUUUACAGUUAAAGUAAACAAAAUUGAUACGAAAGUAAAAUAUCGAUUGGUUGUAUACAAUGGAACCCGUAAUUAUGCUAACAUACGUUACGCUGGUACACGUGUUUGCUCAAUAAUACAAUGUUCCGAUGAUACCCUCGAGUCUUGUGGAUCUACUCUGGACUCUCAAACGACUUUCCAGGAAAUCAGCAUAUCAGGAAGAUUCGACGGGUCAAAAAAUUCAUUGAUCAUGCCGAAUACUUUGAAAACUGACAUGUUACCGAUUAUGGAAUUUUCGUACGAAGAACACUUACAUGAUGAUCACAAACAUAUUUCAAUCAUAAGUUCAAACAAAAUGUUAACGAAUCUUGUAACAUUUGGCGUUUAUUGUAGAGACUAUGACAAGGAUCUAAGUAAUGCUGCUAUUUCUAACAAUAUCGCCUAUUCGUUUUCAAUCCUAAUGGCAUUCUUAUUAUCACGUUUCUGGUGAUAACUAUUCCAUUAAAUGUCUUCCUAAAGUUUACAUAGAAAUGUGCAUAUAUAUAUAUAAGUAAUGUUUUAUAUUUUUCUUUACAUGUUUAUAUUUUAACCUGUUAACUGGGUAUGACAAAAUAUUUAUCAAACACGAACUACUACUGCAAUGGGAGUGAUAUUAUUACUUAUAACUAUGAAAAAAAGACUCCCCAUUGUGAAACGAGUUGAACAAAAGUUUAUUCCCUGGUUAAAAGGUUAAAUAAUUGAUAUUAUUGUUGUAAAAUAUAAAAAAAGAUAGUAUUUUUGUCUGUGAUGUCUUGGUGUACUAUAAAAAGAGUAUAUAAAAGUAUAUUUUAUGUCUUA